UCUGCUCAUUUUUGUUCUCUUUCAAUAUCAAGCGCCGGGCGCCCACCGCCUAAAUCCUACUCCCAAAAGGUAAAGAAUGAAUCAAAUCAGGAGCGAGAGAAAACAAGAGCGCUGCAAUUGAUCAUGGAGGAGUUUGCGCUCGGGGGAUUUUGAUCAUUGAACGAUUUUGCGACUUUAAUUCGCUAACGGAUACGCCGUCUAUGGCGGCAUCAUCAUCGUCAUUGGCGGCGUCGGCGGUGGGGGCUAGGUCAUGGAGAACGGCAUUUCUCACUCUGAGAGACGAAACCCUAUCGAACCCUCCUUCCAUCCCUCAACUUGUCCAAUCCCUACUCUUCUCUCACUCUCACUGUUCUUUCAUCUCUGCCGCCUCCGACCUCCCUGCCCACGAGGUGACUUCGGAUCUAUUAUUUCUCAUCCAACUGGUUGCCAGUGCCUCCCAAUUUCAACAAGAUUUGAUCCCCACCUUUUCCAACACUUGCCACUUGAUCCAUGACGUCAGUCGUCGAGUUUCUCUCGACAUGAAUUCCUCAUCGUGGACUCUCCUUCUCGACUCAUUUACCAAAAUGAUGGAUUUUUUUCUUGCCAAAGCAACCUCCAAUGCUGCUUUGUAUAAACCAGUUUUGGAAUGCUUAGAAACUCUCAGAUAUCUUGUGAGUGCAAACCAACGGAAAUGCUGUCUGUCAGAUGAUAUUCAGUUGGUAAAUUUUCUUCUUCACAUCAUUGCACGUUCACACGUGGAUUUAAUCUCCUUGUAUCGUCCAAGUGGCAAUCAAAAGAGUGCUAUUGAAAUGGGAAAGAAAUCACCACGGUAUGGUAGUUUAUGGGAUGUUCAAGCUACAACCUUUACUAUGCUUGGUGAAGUAUAUUCAAGGACUGGUUCAUCUUUUCCAGUCAGUACUUGGCAAUCAACUAUUCAGAUUCUUAGGAAGAUGAUGGACUCAUUAGCAUCCAAGAAUUUGGUUGUUGAAGACAUUGUCAUGUCCAGGUUUUAUGUAUCUCUUCUGCAUUGCCUUCAUUUGGUUCUAAUGGAUCCUAAAGGUUCUAUUUCUGAACAUGUUUCUGGUUUUGUGGCAUCCUUGCGAAUGCUUUUUGUUUAUGGCCUUACUGGUGGACCCCAACUCAUGUGUGCUGCUGUUGGUAGCAAGGAGAAUGAACCUGGUUCACUGAGUCUUAAGUUGACUUCAGAAGAGCCUAAAACGACAAAUAAUACUCCGUAUAGGCCUCCACACUUGCGUAAAAAGGAGGGCUUUAAUAUGAGGCAGGCUAAAGCUCAGGAUGCUCAGAGUUCUUCUGAUCACGAUUCUUCUAUGGUUGAUGUUACAUCGUCAGAUUCUGAUUACAGUGACAAUGAUGGAUUACUUAAAGACAUUAACAGUUCUCGAUGCUCGAAGGUUAGAGUAUCUGCUAUUGUUUGUGUACAGGAUCUUUGUCAAGCUGAUCCUAAAUCCUUUACAGCUCAAUGGACAAUGCUUUUGCCAACCAAUGAUGUACUACAACCAAGGAAAUUUGAAGCCACUCUGAUGGCAUCCUUGCUAUUUGAUCCUUACUUAAAGGCACGGAUGGCAUCGGCCUCAGCUCUGGCUGUCAUGAUGGAUGGGCCUGCUACUGUUUUUCUGCAGGUAGCAGAAUACAAAGAAUCUACUAAAUGUGGAUCUUUUAUGGCACUUUCUAGUUCACUUGGCCAGAUACUAAUGCAACUUCAUACUGGUAUUCUAUACUUAAUUCAGCACGAAAGUAAUUGUCGGUUGCUGAUGUUGGUAUUCAAGAUUCUCAUGCUCUUGAUAUCGUGCACACCAUAUUCAAGAAUGCCUGUAGAGUUGUUGCCAAAAGUAAUUAUGUCUUUGCAAGCAAGGAUUGAAGCAGGUUUUCCGUUCAAAAGUGAUCAGACUGGUCUGCAGGUUGCUGCUAUCAGUUGUUUAACAGCUGCUUUAUCAGUUUCACCUUCGAUCCAAGUCAAAGAAAUGAUUUUAGAGGAAGUGUCAACAGGUUCUUUGGAGGCUGAGAAGAAAUCAGGAGUUCUUUUUACAUUACUUCAACAUUCUGAGCGGCUAAGCAACCCGACAAUAUGCUUUGAAGCACUUCAGGCCCUUAGAGCUUUGAUACACAAUUACCCAGACUUAAUGCUAGCAUGUUGGGGACAAAUUUCUGCCAUUGUUCACAAAUUUCUGAGAGAAGCUUCUGCAGAAAUUCCAGCAAAGACCUGGAAGGAACAAGCUGGAAACACUGUUUUGUUUGUUGGGGAAAAAAUUGUUACCUCUGCUAUAAAGGUUUGGGAUGAAUGCCUUCGUGCAAUAUCAGGAUUCAAAGGAACUGAGGAUCUUUCAGAUGAAAAAUUUUUGGAUACCCCAUUUACUUCUGAUUGCAUAAGGAUUAAGAAAAUAUCAUCAGCUCCAUCAUAUGCACCUCAGAGUGUGGAAGAUACUAAUCCAUCAGGAAUUGAGCAAUGGGCUGAGACAAUUGAGAAGCACAUGCCUCUCAUUCUAUGGCAUGCUUCUGCAAUGGUUCGAACUGCAUCAGUAACUUGUUUUGCUGGAAUCACUUCCUCUGUAUUCUUCACUCUUCCAAAGGGAAAUCAGGAAUUUGUUGUUUCUUCUUUAAUCAGUGCUGCUAUGCAUGAUGAGGUUCCUUCAGUCAGGUCGGCUGCUUGUCGAGCAAUUGGUGUUGUUUCAUGUUUCCAGAAAAUUUCUGAGAGUGCAGAGAUCCUUGGCAAGUUUAUCCAUGCUGUUGAGAGUAACACUCGUGAUCCGGUGGUCUCGGUGCGAAUACCAGCCUCUUGGGCUUUGGCGAACAUAUGUGAUUCUUUCCGUCACUUUGAUUCAGACAAAAACUCGCAAUUAGUGGAGUUGUUAACUGAGUGUGCUUUGCAUCUAACGAAGGAUGGGGACAAGAUCAAAUCAAAUGCUGUGAGGGCUCUGGGAAAUCUUGCAAGAUUUGUCAGAUAUUCAAGUUCAACAUGUGUGCAUAAUAAGCCUGUGGUGAAUACAGGAUUUUCUUCUACUUCCAACAAUGUUAUUAUGUUGUCAGCAAGAAGUGAUCCCAAAGCUUUUGAUGGAGAUGACCCAGCAUCAUUGAAGGAUUUGCAUCGGCUGGACAGUAUGGUGCAAGCAUUUAUUUCUUGUGUUACAACUGGAAAUGUUAAGGUUCAAUGGAAUGUCUGUCACGCACUGAGCAACCUGUUUUUGAAUAGGACAAUACAACUGCAAGAUAUGGAUUGGGCUCCAUCAGUUUUUGGUAUUCUUCUAUUACUACUACGCGAUUCUUCGAACUUCAAGAUCAGGAUACAAGCUGCUGCUGCAUUGGCUGUGCCAGCAUCAGCACUUGAUUAUGGGAAAUCUUUCCCAGACAUCAUCCAAGGUCUGGAGCAUGUAGUGGAGAGUCUAGGUUCAGACCAAAUUUCAGUGCCUUCAAGUUUCAAAUAUAGGAUUGCGCUUGAGAAGCAGAUAACUUCAACCAUGUUGCAUGUCCUUAGCCUUGCUUCAGCAACAGAUCACCAACCUCUGAAAGAUUUUCUCAUCAAAAAAGCAUCUUUUUUGGAGGACUGGUUUAAGAUGCUAUGCUCCUCACUGAGGAAGACAGGUGCUCAGCCUGAGGUUGAAAGUGAUUCUAUUGGCAACCAAAAGAAAGCGAUGAUAUCCAAAGCUAUACAAGCAUUAAUUGAAGUUUAUGAAAGCAAGAACCAGCACACAAUUUCUCAGAAAUUCAAGAAGCUGGUCAGUAGCAUAUCCUGAUGGUAUCAUAAUCAGCCAUCUUCAUUUUGCUUCGGCUGAUUAUGUUUGUGUUGUUAUAUCGGGUAAUUAUGGUUCAAGUUCCUCAGGAAUUAACU